UAAAAAUCUUGCACUUGAUAAAGAUUAGACGAACCGCCUUUAGUCUCUAUACUACUUAGGUGCAUUCAUUGGUUUAAAUCUGAUAUAUAUAACGAUUCGCCCUCCACGCUAUACGCCUCAAAGCUGUCGAACAGUGCUGUUGGAUAAUUGUUCAGGAAAAUGUCAAAGGGGAAAAUUCUGUUUGUCGUGACCAAUGAUGGCAGAAAGCUUGGACCCGAUGGAAACACAACAGGCUGGUAUUUACCAGAAGUUGCUCAUCCCUACGAUGUCCUGACGAAGGAAGGGUAUGAAAUAGACUAUGUCAGCCCAAAGGGCGGAGAAGCACCAAUGGACGUGGGCAGCGGAAAAAUGUUCAAAGAUGAUAUAUGUCAAGCUUUCUUGAAAGAUGAAGUACAAGUAUCCAAGCUUAAAAAUACACAUACUGCAGCACAGAUUAACGCGGCGGAUUACAAGGCUUUAUUCUACGCCGGAGGACACGGUCCUAUGUUCGAUCUACAGACAUUGGAUAUCGCUGAGUUAGCUGCCAAAAUCUACAAACAAGGAGGAGUCCUGAGCGCAGUUUGUCACGGAACUGUUGGCUUUGUUCCGGUAAAAGUAGAUGGCAAUUCACUAGUAGAUAAGCAGACUGUAACAUGUUUCACCAAUGCAGAGGAAGACGAAGUUGGAUUGUCGAAAGCUAUGCCUUUCAUGUUAGAAACAAAGCUGAAGGAAUUAGGUGCCAUAUUUAAAGGGGGAAAAAACUGGGACUGCAAUGUUCAGGUUAGUGGAAAGUUGAUCACGGGUCAGAAUCCUGCAUCUGCUACAGAAGUGGGAAAACAGAUGGUGAUAUUGCUCGCAAAAUAAGCUGCUGUUUAGUCUGGAAGAACAUAUCUGUAUUGUUUUCUCGACUGGUUAUAGAGUCACAUUUAUCAGACAGAGCACGUACGUUUAUGCUUCAAGCGUGGUUGAGUUGACGUAUAUUUAGCAGUACCUUGAUGGUGUAAUCAGUUCUGUACUAUUAUGUUGACAUAAUACACUUGUGUAACGGAGUAUUUAUAGUUUUGCAUAAAAUAUACAAAAUACGA